CUCAAAGUUUUUUCUCUUUGUAAAUAGACUGUAAAAGUUCUUCUGUGUUAUUCGCAAUAUUUUUAUAGUAUUUUAAUGGUUUCAAUGUUCAAAUUAUAAUUAGAUAUAAUAUAUCAUACAUAGUUAGUUAAUUAGAACAAUAGAUUGAUAUAAAUGUAUAUUUAUUAUCCGAUAAUUGAAUAGUUUAAUUUGAACAUUCAUUAGGCAAUUUUCUAGAAUGGAUCUGCUAUAUACCGUGAACCGAAAAACAUCUGCAAAAUCCUUUUUUCAAAAUGAAACCCUUUUUGAUGGUCACAGCCUAUGUACAUUGUCAAGUCGCAAUAUUGCAGCGUUUACAACUACUGUAUGGUUUGAUGAUAUUCAUGGGAAAACAUGGGGAUCUCAUGUCUAUGUCUGUGAUCUUAACAUGCCAACACAAUCUCAUCGAGUUACAUCGUUUACAUCUCAUCCAAUAACUGCUUUAGAAUGGGAUUUAUGUGGUGAUAAAUUAGUAAUUGGAGAUCGUGCGGGCAAUGUACAGUUAUGGAGUUUUAAAGAUUACGUUUUAAAUGAAUGGAUACUUAUCGGUUCAGCUACAUUUCCUGGAGAGCAUAUUCUUGGUGCUGUUUGGUUUCAUAAUGGCAAAAAAACAGCACUGGUAACCGAAAAGAAGGAUAGUAUUUAUUACAGUGAAAAGUUCAAUAAUUUAUCAUUUGCACCUUCAGUGAGACAAUUUGGCGGUAGAGCAGCUGAAGGAGUGUUAGUAGUAUCAAGCACAGGAAUGGUAGCAACAGUAAUGAUAACUAAAGAUCUUCAAAAUCCAGUUUGUUAUGCUACUGAAAGUUUAGGUACCACACGUCAAAAGAUAUCAGCAGUAGACAUAUGUUAUGGCAAAAAAGGACAUUUUUUGAUUGCUGCAACAGGUGGAAUGAGUUGUUUUCCAAUUAGAUGCUAUCGAGUGUUAGUACGAAAAAAUGAAGAUAAAUGCAGUAUAACGUCGCAAGCAUUGCCUAGUUUUUUCUUACAAGAUGGUGCAUUAAAGGAUAGUUGUACAGACAUAACACAUUUAAAAUUCGUCGUGCGUGAAGAUGCUGAUUCGUUAAUAGUAGCAGCUAGUGGUGAAUCUGAAUCAUUUGUGGAUGUAUGGGAAUUACGUGAAAAAACUCAAUCAGUUCAUAAACUAUUUCAACCAAAUAAUCUAGAAUUCAAAACUGUCGUUUGGCAACAUCAAUCACAAUAUUGCUGUCAAUCACCAGUAAUUGCGAUUGCUACAACUAAAGUGCCAAUUGUUACAACCCUACCUCCACCUAGUUCAGUAAUUAUUGCUUUAGCCGACUCAUCAAUUCAUUAUCUUACUCGAGAUUCAUUAAAAGAAGUGGCGUCUUCAUCAUUGAAUAUGUCAUUACGUCAAGAUGAGCCAAGUUCAAAAUACUUUAAAAGUUCUGUUACAAUUUCUCACAUUGAUAUCUCUUGGUUAGGCUUUGUACUACUUGCCUGUGAUACUCAGGGCAAUAUGUACGUAUACAGACUGAUGCCUGAUGGUGGAACGUCAAUAACUUUAAGCUACGCAUGUACGAUGUUGGAAUACUGCCUAGUAACUGGUACUGAUUGGUUGGAUUUAUUGUUUUGUCUUAGAUCAUCAACGAUAGAAGCGUUAUGUGAAAGAUUUGAUUCCUCAUUUAAUCGCCAAACUGUUACAACUCAGCAAUAUCACUAUAUACAAUUUUUGUGUAUAAAAAUUUCAUUAUAUCGAAUGUUAGUAACAGGACAAAGUAAAGCUGCAGAUUUAUCAUCAUUACUAAUGAUUCAUAGUGUUGCAACAGCUUUCAAAUCUUUGUUGCGACCUUCUGAUCUUAUAUCACAUGAUAAAGGACCUGCUGAGAGUUUAGCUGCUGUAAUUAAUGAAUCAAUCACUGAUGUAGAUAAAAUUUUAUUACAUCUGGAUCCAAAAGAAUUCACUGUUGAACCAAGUACUUUACAAUCUUUGAGACAAGUUAUCCAAUGGGUCGCUGAUUUAGCUCUUAAUUUGCUUGCCAAAUUACCAGAACAAAGAAUGCAGAUGAAACCCGGUGGAUAUGAACUUUUGAAGGAUUAUAAAGCUUUAAACACCAUCAGAGAGCUUUUGGUAAUAAUUAGAAUAUGGGGAUUACUUAGACCGUCGUGCUUACCUGUCUUUUUCCGGAGUGCUGAUAAUUUAGAUGUUUUAGCACUUUUAUUUAGAUUAUUAUCUAAACUUGUACAAUCUAGUGGAGAUACCACACAACAAGUAGACGAUAGUCAUAUUGAUGAUUGUUGUCUGUUGCCGAAUCAAAUAAUGAUUCCACAAUUACAUCAGUCUAAUAGUAUAAUAGCUAUCGCUACUCCAGUAUUAUUUUAUCAAAAUUUACCUCUUCAACUUGAACAUGGAAUUGAACCCGAACACUUACUAUUUGUACCUGAAUUAAAUACUAUUGAAGGCUGUAUGCAUAGUAGUCAAGUAGUUGAUACAAUCCGGCAUGUUUACUUAGGAAAACAACCAUUGCUUGUAAAACAGUGUACGAGAUGCGGCGGAAAAGCACAAGUACAAAAUAUGACAAGAACAGCAGCUAUUAGAGCAUGGGAUCAACGUUGGACACGGGCUUGUCGUUGUGGUGGAAUUUGGAGGAUACAUAAAACAUCGGGAUAAUUUAUAUAUAUUUUUAUUAAUUUAUCAUUUUAUAAAUCAUUAAAAAUACAGAAUUAUUUAUUGAAAUGCUAUUAAUAAACAAAAAAAUGUA